UACUUUUCCUAUAUAUUAAUAAGAAGAUGUGUUUCGAAAAUGUUAGUGGUUUCCCAGAUCUUGAUUCAGGAUACACUCCAAGAAAGAAUUCACAAGAUAAACUUUGUUAGAAUAAAAAAACAUAUUUCCAUCUCACACAGUUGUCUUAUUUUUGAAAAGAAUGAAUUUUAUUAUGGCUAGUUGAUGCUGCAGUUGAUGAAAGACUAUGGUUUUGCUGGUUGAUUGUGGCUUCAUUUCAAGAUAUUUACUUAGCUGCUUUCUUACUAUUUUCAAUGCAUAUUGAAUGGAAAGAGCAAAGCUGCAACUUCCCCUGGUAAAUGUAUUGAGUUUGAGGUAGCAAAAGCAAAUAGCUCUCAAAUUGAACUUGGAGGAAUGGAGUUGAUCUGUUUGUGAAGCAGAGGACCUUUCGGUAUUAAAAGUUGUUGCUGAAUAGGUUGGACAAAUGGCGUUUUUCAGAAACCUCCACCAGAAUCUGAGCCUUCCCUCUGUGUCUUCACUGGUCCACACGCUUAGCAGUGCUGUGGAUGAUCUGACCAGUGCCGUUGGAGAGGUUGGCUACAGUGUAGCUGAUUCAGUAACAGAACAAGUAACAAGCAUGAUAAAUGGCCUUCGUGCAGAAGAUGAAAGCUCCAAAAUACAGAAUGAUAAACCCCUGGAAGGGAGAGAGGAACAUACACCAUCAUUAACUCAUUCUCAGGAAAUUAAUAUGAAAGCGAAGAGAGGUGUUGCAGAACAGAGAGAGACUCAUUCUAAUUUGUUAGAUUUUGUAAAAAAAGAUACAAGUCAAGAUGGAGUAUCCGACCAUGUUGUUGACAAAAACCAGUGCCGGUUAAAAGGCACAGAUAGUAAUAAUCAUUCAAGUGAUACAGAAGUACCUCAGGAUUUGAAGACUGUAGGAGGGCCUUUUAAAAGGGAAGGAGUAGGAGGAAAUGAGUGUUUUGUCAAUGAUAAGUUCUUUAAGGAUAGUAACCUGAAAAGUAAUAAACUUACAAUGGAGCACUCUAUUGAGGAUCAAGACAAUUGCCUGUGUGCAGUAUCAGCUAAAUCUGGGAAUCACUUGCAUAGAAAAAUCAAACCGCAGUCACCUGGAGGUGAUUUUAAGGAUUCUGAAGAAGUGCACAGUAUGAACGUUCCCCAAGAUUUAGAAACAAAACUUGUUGAAGUACAGAAGCAAAAAUUAUCAGAUUCCAGCUUGAAGAAGAUGCACAAUGACCACCCCAAUUGCAUUAAUGAAAUAAAAGAAAAGAAAUCUGAAGCCUUUUUUGACAGAAAAGGAAAAUUCAUAUCAAAGGAUGAAGAAUAUGUGUCAACUACAGUUGCAGAAAUGGGUAAAAAGAAAAACUCAAAGAAAUCAGAAAGAGAGCUAUGUAAUAGGAAGACAGCAGGAAAAGACAACUCUUAUAUGAGUAAAGACCAGCAUGGUUCAUCAUCUGAGAGUGAAGAUGAAGCACUGGGUAAAUAUCAUGAGGCCUUGUCUAGAACCCAGAGUUCCAGGCUGCCAGUGGUGGAUGGCAGACAGCAAAAAAACUAUAUAUGGGAAACCAGACAAAAAUAUAGUCCCCUGUCUGCUGAAUAUGAUGGAUACAGUAGUGAAGCCUCAAUAGAUGAAGCGAACUGCAUUCAGAGGAUGAGAAGAACACCUCCACUAGAUGAACUGCAGCCGCCUCCAUACCAGGAUGAUAGUGGUUCUCCUCAUCUUUCAUGUACGCCUUCUGAAGUCGGAGACAGUAAAUGUGAAUUUUCCCAGUGUAGCAACAGUCCAAGAUGUUCAUAUAAAUGCCCAAGCGAGGGAAGCAUGGGACAUGAAAUAGAAAGCUUUCAUAACAAAGGAUACGAAGAGGAUGUACCAAGUGAUAGCACAGCUGUCCUUAGUCCAGAGGAUAUGUCAGCUCGAGGAUCGUCUUCACAGCUUCCUAAACCUUUUGAUCCUGAGCCAGUAGCUAAAUAUGGCACACUGGAUGUGACUUUUGACUAUGACUCACAGGAACAGAAGCUUUUGGUGACAGUGACAGCUGUCACAGACAUUCCCACAUACAGCAGGACAGGUGGAAGCUCGUGGCAAGUACACCUAGUUCUUCUCCCUAUAAAGAAGCAAAGAGCAAAAACCAGCAUCCAGCGGGGACCGUGCCCUGUCUUCACAGAGACAUUCAAAUUUAAUCACGUUGAGUCUGAGAUGAUUGGGAAUUAUGCAGUUCGCUUUAGACUGUACAGCGUACGUCGCAUGAAAAAAGAGAGGGUUGUGGGAGAAAAGAUUUUUUACUUAACAAAAUUGAAUCUUCAAGGGAAGAUGUCAGUGCCAGUGAUACUGGAACCUUCUUACAGUCUGUCUGGUUGUGACUCUCAAAUGAGCAUGUCAGAAGUGUCCUGCAGUGAAAGUACCUCCUCUUGUCAGUCUCUGGUACAUGGCUCAGCUCCAGAAAUCCUCAUUGGCCUCCUUUAUAAUGCUACAACUGGAAGAUUAUCAGCAGAAGUGAUAAAAGGCAGCCACUUCAAAAACUUGGCAGCAAACAGACCACCCAACGGACUGUUCUGUUGUCUAAAACACUUGAUAGGUGGACAGGUUUAUAUAAUCCGAGAUACCUAUGUUAAGUUAACACUGUUGAACUCGAUGGGGCAAGAGAUGUCCAAAUGCAAAACUUCAAUCCGCCGAGGGCAGCCAAAUCCAGUAUAUAAAGAAACCUUCGUUUUCCAAGUGGCACUGUUUCAGCUUUCAGAUGUGACGCUCAUACUGUCUGUAUAUAAUAAGCGCAGCAUGAAACGAAAAGAGAUGAUAGGGUGGAUUUCCUUAGGUCUCAACAGCUCAGGAGAAGAUGAACUCAAUCACUGGACUGAAAUGAAAGAAUCUAAAGGACAGCAAGUAUGUAGAUGGCAUACUUUACUAGAAUCAUAAUGGACAGUACAAAGUGCAGUCAUGGUUUUAAGGGAGUUUGGUCUCUCAAGAAGAUGAUCAUCCCCAGUCACAAUCAACAGAUUUGUUGUGGAAGUAAAAUAUGAAAAUUGAGGUCAACAUUCCAUCGUAAAGAACGCACAACAUGCAAAAUGACGGGAUUUAAUAUAUAAUCUUCACUUAGUGUCAGACACUUCCUUAGUGUCAGAGAAGCCUUGCUGUACACAGAUAUGUUAGCGGUCUCUCCCCCAUCCACCUGAUGCUGUAUUUGUUUGGGUUUGUUUUGUGGUUUUCAAUUUAGAAACAUUUUAUGUAAGGUUCUCCAAAUUAAUGUAAGCUCCUCCUUGUGUACUUUUUGUAUUGCUCUAAUACUGUAGCUUCUGACCUGCCUGCAUUCAGAUUAAAGGUCAAUAAUUUGCACUUUGAGAAAAAGUUAAUGAUCUGUAGAGCAAAAGAAAAAAAAAAAACCACCAGUGGAGAACACUUAGUAAUAUAGCUAAUAUGUAUAUACUGUUGUUUUACACUGAGUUUCUUUCCAGGAGCCUAGUACAAGUAAGUUUUCAUUUUUUGAUAUGCAGUUGGUUUCAAAAAUACUAGCAUUUGGGCAUCGGGUGAACCUUGACAUCAAACUAAUGUUUCUUCAAUCUGUGACAGGAACGAGCUCUAUAUAUGGCAUAAAUUGGGUUUUUCCCUCUUGCCUGUACUUCUGCCUAAUCCAAAGAGACCAGAUCAUUAGUUUGGUCCCUUCCAAAUCUCCUUAGACAGGUUGUACUGUAGAACUAUGUAACUUUCUGUUGAAAGCACUUCCUGUAUUCAUGUAUUCCAAUGUAGGAAGCUCAUAGAGCACGACUUUACUAAAAUAUAUUUUCAUUAAACAAAUUGAUACGAAUUUCUUUAAGACAUCAGCAGUUGGAAGUUAGGUUGAAAGACUGUGAAGGAAGUGGAAGCAGUUGAACUACUCCAAAUGGAUGUGAAAUACUGUGGCUUUGGUUGAAAUAGAUAUCUGUUUGAGUCUCUUCUGAGUUGUUUUAGGGAUUACCAUAUGCUGUUGUUUGGAAGUAGAGAGCAGACCAGGAGUUUUUACCCUUCUUCUUGCAGAAGAGAACAUCAGUAAGUUAUUUUUCUAGUGAUUUGCCAGCAAUUGAAUGUUCACACCCAAAAUAGAAGUUUGCUUUGCUUACAUUCAAGUUGGGAAACACAGCUUCCUAACGACACAAUUGAGAAGCCACAGUAUCACAAGAAAGUUUGCCAUCAGAUAAACAUUCAUGGCUUCCACCGAAAUUAAGGAAAUAUCUGUGCUUCUGAGAUUCCUAUUUGUCCCAAAUACUUUAACCGGAAUCGCGCUAGUUUACUGACUGCUGAAUCUAAUUCAUAUUACCGAAAUUGUGGAUUAUUGAGUAAACAUAUUUUUGAAAAGCUUCCUAAUUCAAAUAUCCUUUUUGCCUCUAAUUAUAAGUUUCAUUUACUUUUAAUUGUUGCUGUAUGGAAAGCAAGCGGUUUUUUUCUUACAAAUGAUUGUGAUGUCUUACUAAUAUAGGACUUCACUGACUGUUGUAUCACUUGGUGGGUAGAAUAGUGACGUUUUGGGUUUUGUUGAGAGAAUUUGUGGUAGUCUAGAGCAUUCUCAUUAGGACAAAUGUUUUUCUCUUGAAUUUAUUUAUAAUACCUGUGAACAAUCCUGGCUUUAGGGUAUACAGACAGUCAAGUACAGUGAGAUUGGAGACAGUGAGUAUGCUAUAAUAAAGGUAUUUCACAUGGUUCUCAAAUUCUCACACUAUUUAACAAUUCCAUUAAGUCCUUUUUAAAUGAUAUUGUAAUUCCACUUCUUGGUUUAUUUGGUGUCAUUUGAGGGGUUUAUUUGCAGAGCCAGGCUUUCAGUUUUUAUUGAUUUAAAGAUUUAAAAUGUUAUUACAGGCCUUUUUUUUUUUUUUUUUUCUGGUAUUGCACUGCUGCUUCACUUACAGAAGCUUUAUUUACUAAAUACAAAUUAUACAAAAACUUUCUUUAAACAGGAAUGGUCUUGCAGUAAUACAAUACAGGUUGUCUCUUUCAGUCCUUUUUGUUGUGAAAUGUAAUGUUGAGUGUAGAAUUUAAUAAAAAAAUCAACAUUAAUUUUAUAUGCCUAAGGAAAAUGCUCAGAUUUUCCCAAUCCUUUCAGCUUUCCAUAUAAUAGAAACACUGACUUAGAAGCUGUUCAAAAGCAAUUUUUCAAUGGAUGUGGAAGUGUUUUUACUCAUUCUGUUUGCAGAUAUUUGGAUGCUCUUUCCUAAAGCUGAAAGUUUUCUCUUGACAGUUGUCUCUUUGUACAGGUUUUGCUUUAUAAAAUAAGGUACAGUAUUUAACAGCAAGAACUGAGCAAAUUAAUUCCUGUGGAGAAUAUACUUAACAUCACCAUCGAACAGAUGAAGAAGUCAGUUUGGAAGGUGCAGCAAAUAACCUCUUACAGAACCAAACUAAACUAAACUGUGUCAUGACUUGGGUUUCUGUUUGUAGGUUCCAUUGCUUCAGUUUUACAUCAAACUAUUCAGAUUUCUAAGACACUGAAAUCUUAAUUUAGACACAGCAGAGUUUUAUAGUAGUCUGUGUUGGGCACAUUUGGGAAGAGGAAUCUCUUUCUAGAUCAUGUGACUUUUCCCAAGGUGUCCAGGUCCAGUUUGUGCUUCACAGAAGCAGGUUUGGCUUACUUGGUUUUGUACUGUAAAAAGGGUGGGAACUGAAUGUAUAAAGAAUGGAAAUGAAUGUGUAAUUUUGAGGCAGUAGAAUAUGGAUUUGCCAUGCAAAACCAGUCACACCAAUAAUUGGAUUCACCCUGGGAUUUUUAUGAAUUAGUUGUAGUAUCAAUAGCUGUCAUGUUGUUUUUUCUUCCUAGAUCCCAUUCUUAUGAUUUGUUUGUAAUUUUGUUUUUUCUUAUUGCUUUAUGCAAACCUUUACUUUUGUAUUUGAAAUCUGCCUUUAGUUGCUGGGGUUUUUUAAACCCUGCAUAAGGGCUUAUACACACAGUGUGGUUUUGUGCAUUCAGUUAGGUCUUAAGCAUGGAACAGAAUUUCUAAAGAACAAAGUAUUGGAAACAAAUUAGAGGCAUUUGUAUUUUCCUCAGAGUUGUCUGUGGGUUUUUUUAUAGCUUUUUGUGUUUACCUUUGUUCAAAAGUACAGUAAGUACUUGUAAGAGUUUAUCAAAUUACUUUUCUGUGUGCCAAUAUACCAUGUAGAGAUUACAGUUCUUGAACUGAAUCUGUUUCCUGUCAGUGUAGCCUUAAAUAAUUAUAGAACAGUGAAGUUCUUACAGAUUCUAUUCUUGAAAAUAUUGCAUCCUUUCUGCAUAUGAUCUGUUUGUUUUAAUAUUUAGAACAUUCCACAUAGGUCUUCUUGAAGUAUUAUAAAUAUGAAAAAGUUGGUUAGUUCCUUUCUGUGGUAAGGGCAAGAUGGUGAAGAGCAGUACAGACAAGCAUGAAAUCACUGCACAUAAGGAUGAGGGGUGGUACAGCACCUGCAGGACAUUGCUGCCUCCCACAUGCAUGGAGGCAAGGAGUCAGCACAGCCACGCUUCUGUUCCCUGUUCAGCCAGGUGGCACAAGGAAGGAGGAUAAUACUGGUAAGAUGCAAAGCUUGGUCCCCGUGGUGCUGCCUCAUGCUCAGGACUUAAGACAUCCAUGUCAUAACCACACUGCGAGGUCUGGCUGCAAAGGCAGAAGUUAGGCAAGGUGUAAGAUCUGCUCCUGGAGAAAUAUGACGUAAUUUCUAAAUCUGAUUCAGAUCCUCUAACCUCAUUAGUAAUUAGAUUUCGAAAUACGGUGAGCCCUUGGGAUGAAUAUAUAUGGUCUUAUGGGAGCUGAACAUUGUUUAUCAAUUAAGAGAAUACUUGAGCUGAAAACAGAUUUUAUGGCAUUUACUGUAGGAGAUAUUUUCACCUGUAAAUUUUUGCAACCAUUCCCAAAGGCACAUGCAGUGCCAGCAUCAGUACCUUCCCAUUUUUCAUACCUUUGGAGCAAUUUUUUUUGUUGUCUAAAAUUUGUGUUUGUGUUACUGAUUUAUUCUCUCUUUUCUCUAACUUGCUCCUGCAAACUCCCCAGCACCCUGAGAAGCUGUCUGUGGCAGUCUCUGGACCUUAGAAGUCACGGGCACUGUGUACCUGUUACAGUAAGGUACUGGUGCAAAAUUUCUGGGACCUGUCCAACUCCCUAAGAGUUCUGAAAUGCAAACCAUCAGUAUUAAUGUAGUGAAGCAGAAGAAGAAAACUUUUUUCUUUGAAGGAGACAUUUUCAUGUAGGAAUUGAAUACAGAUCACUAUUACACAUACAAGUUCUAACAAAAAGUCUGCGGUAAAAUCAAAGAAAGAGGUUUGAGGGGAAGCCUUUUGGCCUGAGCUGUUCCAACUUGAAACUAACAGCAGAAUGCCCUUUCAUUUAACUGAGAGUUGUAUUGAGCCCUUUACUUACUCAUCACACUUUUCUGGAGGGAAAAAAAGCUGUCCUGUUUAAAGCAGUCUUUAAAAUUAUGGCUUGUCACUUGUAGGGCAGGCUGACUUCCUCCUGAAGCUGAAUUCUCAGUAACAGCUAAACAUCCACUUCAUUCUCCCACUGAUGUGCAUGUCUGCUUGCCAUUAAUGUUAAUGAGAGGAGCCCAUGGGCAUCGACAGGAGAGUAGGCCUGAUCCUGAAAGUAUGAAGUGCAAUAGGAUCAGUAGGUUGGAGCAGUGGUACAGCAUGGCACCGGCAACACAAUCAAAUGUGAUUUCAAUUAUGAAUGGAGGUAAAAAACCAAAUAUCCGGAUACUGUCACAAACUUGUUAUUUAAUCAUCUCUUAUUUCCAUUUCUUCUUUUCCUCAGCUUCUGAAAUAUUUUUUAAACUUAAUAUUAAAAAUGUUAAAGCAAUCCCCACACAUCUUGAUCAUUUUAACUGGAACAUUCAGCAAAGUUUAUUGUUAGAAUGAGCCAUCAAGAAUGUUCUGUAUUUUUGGUCUGUUUAACUCAACAGCCAGAUUUGUAGUGCAUCACAGCUGGAUUUCAGACUACUUUGUUCUGAUGGUAGUUUUUGAGGGGAAAGUCACAGGAGCGUUUGCUUGUCAGUGAAUCAACGCCUGAUGAAGAGAUGUCAUCUGAGAGUGAGAGCAUUAAAACAAGAGACGGCUUCAUGCAGUAGCAGCGACAGUGACUCAGAUUCCACUCUUGGAGCCUUGCGGCCCUCAGAGGGCCCUACUCAGAGAAACUGUGACAUCUGAAUUGUGGGAGUUUAUACGUUCAAAGCAGCACCGGUCUGUGUGGGCAUUCUGUGGCUUCCAACCUAGUGUAUUUUACAGAUGUAAGCAGGGCAGACGGUGUUUAUUUGCCGAGUGUGAGUAGGGCGAGUACCAUCUGCCCCACAGUGACACAGAUUAGUUUAGCCUUAAGAACUUAUCACUGCCCCUCCUUAAGUUCAAACAGGAUUUCUUCCUUUCUGCAGACUAUGCAGAAAUCUUACGUGUCCAACGUAUCUGCUUAUAUUAUGCCUCCCUGAAUAUGGAAUUACAAUUAUAUUAAUGCUAGCAAGCUUAAUUAAUUCAAAUGUAACAUGGUGUGACUGAAUUAAUAAAUUGGUCUGAUACACCCUGGAUCAGGUUUUGCUGUGCAGGCUUAUGCUGGUAUAAUAUAGAAAUCACAUCCUUAUGCAGAGGAAUGUGCCAGGAGUCAGGAAAGUGGGUAGUAUUGCUCCUGUAGGAAUGAAGACCAGGAAACAGCUAUGCCCAGAAAAUAGUCAGGGCUAGCCUAAUAGCAAGAAGAAUUAAUUCACUUCCUUGGAAGCACCUACUGGUUGAGCUGGCAUAAAGCCUCCAAAAGCUGCCUGUCUCUGAGGACCCUACUCAGGAGAGCAGAAGCAGUAAUACCAUACCACUGAAGGAAUACCUCAUGGACAUUCAGAGAUGUAACUGAUGUCAUCCUUUUUCUCUUAUAUCUGAGGACAAGAGUUUUGCCCAUUCUAUCAAGUUAAUUUUUUUCCUGUGUUUUGCAAAUCCUGUGGACGUUCGCUGCAUGCCGAGGGUCUAAAGUGGAUUGCUUCAGAACUUUUGGUUCAUUUCCAAAGCAUGAGUUUGAAUGAAUUUACAGAAUUAACCAGAAGCAUUAUAGCUCUGAGAUGUAAUCUCUAGGCUAUAGUGCAAGCAAGGGGCAGGGCUUUGAACAAGUUUUGAUAGUAAAUUUUGCAAAUGGCUUACUAUGACAUUUUAAGAAAAUUUCUAAGCAGUUGAAUGUAUUAGGGAAUAUUUACAGAAAAGGAUAUAGAGCAAUGAUCUUUUUUUUUACUAUACAGCUAGUUUGCUGUCCUUUCCAGCAAACCACAAGGUUCAUUAGUGCUCAGUACUGUUUCAUUUAUGGUAACUUUUUAAUGUGAUUUUCAUGACAAAGCGUAACUAGUGAAACCUUUUAUUCAAUUUUUCCCUUUCUUUGCUUUUUUUAAGGAGAGAUUUCUCCUUCUAUAGUAUAUAUACUUUCUUACAGAGCUUUCUUACCUAUUUUUAUAUAAGAUUAUUUAACAAUGUAAAAUUAAAUGCUCUAUGAGCAAGCUAUAUCACUGUUACACAAUCUAAAGUGCUAAUACAAUGACUAAGGGCCUGAACCUACUGCCUUUUACCCAGGUCCUGGUUUAACCACACAUCUUUCAUGUUGUGUAGUACCUUUCCCUAUAAGCAAUUCCAUCUAUUUCUCCAGGAUGACUCAGAGAUAGGCACUAUUAACAUGAAUAACAGUGGUAAAACUGAGCCUCCUCUCCAUCCUUAGUGGGACAUCUGUCAUGAGUAAAGGCUGCUAGCUCUGUCCCAAAAGUAUAGUUAUAGAUUAUAGUUCCCUUGAUCAUCAGUAAUUUUGAACUUGUUUUCUGGUGACUAUAAGCUAAUAACUGAUCUUAGUGAAUACAGCUAUUGAAUUGCGCUGUUAUCAGCAAGAUUAUUAAAAUGUGUUUCACAUUUUAAUUCAUUCUUUCAUUGGGAUAUAAGAAACUGGAUUUGUGAAGCAUGAUAUUGCAUAGAGAUAGCACACAUUCACCACAUUUUUAAAAAGUAUGAAAUAUACAGUAUGUAGCAUUUUCUUGCAUACUUUUAUACUGCCUGUAUGCCACCGAUGCAGUCGGUGCCUUCUUUCUUUUGUAUAAAACUAACGUAGAGAAACUAAAGUUAUGGUGUGUAAGCAAUGUCACUGCAACUGGAGAGAUGUCUUAACCUGAUUAUUCCUAGUACAGGAGGUUUCAAAUGGCAGUUCAGUUUAACACAAUGCAUUUCUUUGAAUUUUAAGUUUUCCCCUUUCCUUCCUCACCCCCUUUCCAGGAAACCUCCUCAUACGACUGUUUAUUCUUAAUUGAUUCCUGUGUCUGAUGUAAGUCACAUGGUGUUAACCAAAGAACCAAGUCUGUUUCUAAUUCUUUGGACAAAUAAUGUUUGGACUUGCUAUUACUUAAAGACAGAAAUGAUGUGCUGGAUCUCUUUGAAUAAAUACAAAAUAGGCUUCUGUAAAUGUGACUCACAGCCGAGAACUCAAGAUACCUCUUUUCUGACUGGUUGUGUAUUGUUGUUAUCAGUAGCAAAGUGUUUGAGUUGUAUUUCUUUGUGCAUUUUAAUCAAAAUCCCAUCACAAGCAAAAAUAUGGCAGUGCUGUCCAGUUAGCUUGUUUUACCCAUUUUAUACCUAUAUCUGAAGUGUGCAACUUUGGGAACAGAUUUGGCUUUUCUGUGUCUGAAGUUCUGAUAUUAUAUAAUAACUGUCUAGUGUAUGCUGGUCUUACAGAAACCGACUCAUGCUGCAUUGUAUGUACAUUUCCUACCAGUAUCCCUUCAUUGUGUAAUUUAUGUAACAUAACACAGUUUUCAACUACUGUUCCAACUUGAAAUUCCUUAAAUUUCAGUGCAUGUAUAGCCUUAAACAUUUAAGACACCAAGCACAGUUUUAAUGGGAAUAGGUUAUAUUUGCAAGUCCUGUUUGGCGCAGAACUCAGAGAAUUAUUUUUAUAUAUCAAUCAAAGAUUGUAGAAAAUGGCUAUAUUGCAGUCAUGUUAUCAACCAUGCUCCUAAUUAUAUGCAUUUUAAAAAAAGCAUUUUUACUAAAGUUUUUAGAGGUGAAAUAUCAGUGCUCAUUUCCUUUCUUGAAUUUGCUUAUUUUGUUUUCAUACUCUCAUUUCUGUACAGAACCUUGGAGCCCCUAAGUCAUGUCCGUGACUGAAUUUACCCCUAUUUUCAGAAUUCCUUGAGCUGCUUUUCUUUUCUCUACAUUUUUAAGUUGAAUAAGCAGUAAUUAAAAUUCUCUAAAAUUUUUUUUUACAUUUUGACAGUAACAUAAUUAGAGAAAAUGACUGUUUGCAACUGUUUAUGCAGCUUAUUAAAGUCUUAGGACUUUGAAACUGUCAUUAUAAUCCAGAUGAAGACAUAUGUUUCAUGGCAUUUCAGUCCACAGCAGGUGAAGACGGGAGUUCUGGCGAUGAAUGUGCAGAUCUGCAUAUUGGGUGUCAGAUUGUAAAUCCCCAGAGGGUUUAUAAUUAAGUGUCACAUUGUAUCUACAGUAUCUCCAGUUGUGUGUUGUCAGAUACUUAUUUUGUUUUCUUUAUUAUUACCUAGCAAAAACCUACUUUUAUCAUUUUGUGCUACUGUAUAUUAAUCUUGAGGGUUUCCAGAAUGCAAGGUUAGUUGUCAGUUCUCUUUUUGUAAAAAAAGCUGGACUUCCAGCAUACGCAUCCCAUUACACAUCCCCUGAUUUUGGGGAGAGGCAGAAUGCCACCAGCUGUUUUUAGUUAUAUUUACCUGUACAGCACGGGUAACUAUAAUCCCAUGUUAGUUUGCUUAAAACAUGCUAUAGUAUGUUUUCAAAUCAUGGAUCUGUCACAACAUUAAAAUAGUCAUUUUGCAUAUCUGAAGCUUUGCAGCUGUGGAUUUGUAUUUUGUUUGCUCUAUUUGUAUUAAUUACUCUGUGAAAUGUAUUUUUGUCAGUUUGAGGACUGGAAUGGGUAUCCUUUGGUUAUUUCAAAGUAUUUUCUGUACAUGGAAUCAGCUUUUUGCAUGUGAAUUUAAUUGCUGGAAAGUACUCAAAAAAACGGAAAAAUCACUUUUAAAACCAGUUGUUGUCACUUUACUUUGGAAUUCAUUAGAUCGUAAACAAAUGUAAUAGACUUCACUGUUUAGAAGAUAGUAACGCUUGGUCAACCAUUUGAACUGCUGUCUGUGUUAAAAAGAAAAACUUUUUUAUCUUGGCAAGCUAACUAAUCCUAGCCCUUGCACACUUUUUGGCUCUGUUUCCAAAUUUCCUAAGUUUCCCCAGUUCUCUUUCUUGUUCCUCACAGUCUUUGUUGAUGUCAUGAAUCUUCUACUUAGAGAAUUUUAAAUUAACCAGUGUGAUAAUGUUCUGACAAAUAUGAUGUGUAUACAGGCAAAUAAAGACACACUCAGGUGA